ACCAACGUCAAAUAAACAUCAUGCACUCUACCUACACACAUUGCCAGUGGUUGUUCUGCUACCUAUGAGUUCGGGACGUUCGGGAUUCGGGAUAUUGGUCCAUUUUCAGAGAUAGGAAGAAGGAUACGGGUGCGCGAGUAGGGGCGAAAAAAAGAUUGUUCCGAUCAAACUGAUCUCAAACCCUGUCGCCUUCUUGAAGUGUUAUUUGAUAUUUUUUUUUGGUCCCUCGGAGAUAGUUAUUUGAUUUUUCGUCGCAUAAACGGGACUUAAAAGUGGAAGAAGUGCGACGAUACGAAAAAAGUAGUGUAUAUUUCGUUUUAACCCAUGUUGAAAUGAAGCUUAGGCGCGUCAUUUAUGGCACCGCUUAUAAACUACGCGGUAGAGAAAGAGAGGACGAGGGAGACGACAAGGACUCAAAGCCCGCCCAUUACGGGCUCUCUUCUAUCUUGGAUUAAUAAUCAAUGGCUCUAUUUGAGAGGAGAUACACAAAUAAAGUGCUCCUAGAUGAUACGGAAAAGCUGACGAGCGUUAUUGAGAAUGCUAGAACCAUUGACGGACAUACGAAUACACAAAUUUUGUUAUAUACGGAUAUCGAAGAAAGGAAUAAAGAUUUUAUUAACAUUGGAAUAGUUAAUGAAAGACUGUUUUCCCUGUGGCAGUUGCAUUUAUCACUUGAACCGAGUUCUUUGACAAAGGAGUACGUGAUAAGGACACAGAGAGGUCCUGUUCCAGAGCGAUCUUGGCGAGUGAGCAGACGCUACAAUGACUUUGUACAGCUCAAUGGGGCACUAUCGGUGUCGGGCCUCAGUUUGCCGUUACCGCCAAAACGGAUCAUCGGUAAUAUGGACGCUGACUUCGUAGCUCAACGACAAAUUGCUCUUCAGAAUUAUCUAAACAUUAUACUAAUGAAUCCCAUACUUGCAUCGUCGUUGCCGAUGAAACACUUCCUCGAUCCUGACAACUAUACAGCGCCAUUGCAUGAAAUAGCGCUGCAACAGGUGUCGCUGGCAUUAAGAAGCGACGCGAAUUUCGAAAUCGGUAAGGCCAUUCCGGACAUAGGAUGGCGGCUCCGGAAGCAUUAUUACACGGUAAAAAAUCGCCAAAAUCCGAAGCAAGAAUUGUUACUCGCUUGGGUAGAGUUUGGUCCGGACAAGCACCUGCAUGACAAGGAUAUGCAGGGAGUUUUCAAGAGCCUCAGUACUCUUAAACAUCCUCAUAUUGAAGCGAUUGUUCAUCAACAUGUCGCUGACACAGGAGCUCUCACAAUAAGACACUUUCAUACGAAUGGGACUCUUCGAGACGUGCUUUGUAAUACUAAACCAAAACAACCUUUCAUAAAAAAGUAUGGGAACCCUAAACAACCACAAAAUCUCUCGCCAUCGGAAAUCGCCACUUAUGCUUAUCAGAUUCUGGGGGCCCUCGGUUACCUUCAAGAAAAGGGUCUGCCUUACGGUCAUUUGCACACUGGAAACGUAAUUCUUACACCAACGGGGGCAAAACUGUUAGACAUUGAAAAUGGCCUUCUGGGUUUGCCAGCUUUUUAUCGGCCCUAUGUCGUCCAAAGGCGAAAGCUUCAUGCCACCACUCAAGUGGAUGUUUAUUCCUUCGGUCAUGUACUGUACGAAAUGGCAUUCGGAAGACCAUUACUUGAAGCUACGUGCAACGAGCUGUCACAUUCGGAUCCGAACCUGAAAAAUCUUCUCGAAGUGAUACUCUCCCGCGAGGCGGUAAAACAGGAUCUUCCGACGUUCGCGAAUCUUCUUGAGCAUCCAUUUUUGGAUGGGGCAAAGCGCGCUGCAUUGUCAGCUACCCAUUUAGAGAAGCCCCACUUUAAACUAACGAGUCAUUUAAAGGAUGCGCUAAUCGAAGCUGCGAAUAAAGCUGAACAACGUUUGAGAGAUGAACAAAAAGUUGCGAGGCACCAAAAACGACUUGUCAAAGUACAAGAAAUGAUGAGCUCCGAGGAAGAAUUGAAGAGGCGCAAGCACAAACUGAAAAAAGAACAGAAAUUAGCCCAGGAACAAAGGUCGGCGAGUCAAUUGGGCACCAAUGGCAUCAAACAGAUAAAUGGGAAGAGUCCUGAAAGAUCAGAUAGUCCGACCAGUACUUCGACAACUACAAGUGUCGGAACUCUAACACCUCCAUCGCACGGCUCGACGGAACUAUCAGGUAAUUUCGCAGGCGUAAAAAGUGUACCACCACCUCCACCGUCGAUGCCGACGCGGACGUCUUUAUCAUCUAAUUCUUCUUUCCAUUCAAUGGGUAACAGAAAAAAUAGUGUCGAACAGUCGCCGAAAUGUCUGCCGAUGAGUAGUAAUAACAAUACAACUGGUGAUCAACCUGUGGUGCAACAUGUUUACGAGCGUAACGCCUUGCUUGACAGCAUAUGUUCGUUCAACAAGACUAAUCUUCGAAAGAUCACCAAUUGAAAUCAUUGAAAUUUAGGCCAUAAUUAAGAUGAUACAAAUUUGAAGCCUCGGUAUAUACGAGAGACGAUAUAUAAAUAUAUAUAAAAAGAAAUGUAUUAACAGGAUAUUUCACGUUAAAUGGUAAAUACUGUUAACUUGAGAGCAAAAGCGAAAUUCGAAUUGAAAAGUCUUAUACUGUGUUUCUGGAGCAAAUUCCUUUCUCCGAGCAUUAGUUAUUAAUCAAUAACAUUGAAAAACUCAUCCACUUUUAACUGCGUACCUCGUCAGAUAGUCACGGGUGAAAGAAAAAUGCAUAGAAAGGUAUUUUGUCAACGUCAAUGACUAAUAACUAAUCAGAGAGAGUAACAGAGAGGGAGGGGGGAUGAUGACUCCGGAAUAGCAUUUUAUUUUUUUUAUUCGUUAUUCACUCCUGAAUGCGAGCUUACAAAAUUCAUCAUGUAACCUCAGACAUUUUGUAUUUAUUGGGAUAUAUUAUAUACAUUAGGAUGAUCGGAAAAAAAAUUAUAUUUAUUUUUCUCUAAGUCGCAAGUGAUUAUGUUAAUAAUACUUCAUGAAAAAGUAUUUCUCUCAAAAUUUGGGCCUUAAAAAUUUUUUAGAGGUUGCACCAAUUAAGUUAAAUUUUUUUUUCAAUAUUGGCGAAACAUAUGAAAAAAUAUUGAUUUUUUGGUAUCGCAAUAAAAAUAGCACUCAGUCCAGAGUUGUAUCCCUCCUAAUUUGAGCUUGAAAGAAAAAAAUUAAGAGGUCGUCCUAACGGCUUUAUUGGAUUUAUUUUUUCGAUUUUUUGUCAACAUUUUAAUAUAAAAAAAUGUUUUUCUUUGGGCUGCACGUGGUAUGUUAAGUAAAUAUGUUUUGUAAAGAAAUUAUUUUCUUAAAAUUUUAAUUAUCUGAAAUUUUUUUAAAGGAACCGCUAGUGGAAUUUAUAUGUUUCCAUAAUUUUAGCCUUAAAUAAUGACAUUUGAGUAUUGAGUGUAAAAGUGAUAUUUACAAAAUUUUGCUCCACUAAAAAAAUAUUCAUAGGGAUCCCCAUCGAUUUUGAGAUAUUUUCUUCUAAUUUCUUAAAUUUUGAGAAAAUAAAUGCUUGAUUGAGUGCUAACUAUUUUUGGUGCGACACCGAAAAAUCAAUAUUUUUGUAUCAUAAUUUUUUCACGAAAAUUGAAAAAAAAAUUCAAGUCAUUGGCGGCGCUACCUCUAAGAAAUAUAUAGAAAUUUAUAGAAAGUCCAAAUUUGGAGAGAAUUAUUUUUUCACGAAGUACUAAUAUAAUUAGUUGUGACGUUGAGAAAAAGAAAUAUCGCAUUUUUUUUAAUCAUCCUAAUAUAAACAUAUAUUAAUGCAUACGUGAAAAAACUAUAUUAUAUAUGAAAAUUAUAUCACGAAUUAAAUGGUACAGUCAAAAAAGAGAAAAUGAGACUCGUGUCGUUCGAGUAAAAUAAUUAUGGGAGCCAAUCGUAACCAGAUCUAUUUUUCAUUACAAUUCUAAGCACGUAGAAAACAAGCUCUGAGUAUUUUUUAGUUGAGUGGGAUAACAUCUGGUCGAUUAAAAUUGAUUCAAGAAAAAAUAUCCUUUGGACUUUUUUAUAUUCUCUCCAUUUUUUUUAUCAAAGUUCUUUGAUCAUGGUCGUCAUCGUUACGAGCAAAUUUUGUCGUUACAAUACUUUUACGACAACGAUUCGGCCAAUGAUACGAACGUGCAAAUUUUAUGUUUAUUAUCGCGCACUAUUGGAUUGAAAACAAACAAAAAAUAUUAGAAUGGAUGAAAUAUUUUUCAUUAUUAGCAUCAUUUUGAAAGUUAAGCUUGGAAAAUCCUGGGAAUUUCUAGAAACUGGAGAAAUCAAAUAGUACUAACGUAAUGUAGUAACUCCCGAAAGACUUGACUUGUUGCGAGAUUAACAAUUGAAAAUAGUAUUCGAGUUCACAUUGUUGAGACACAGUGAAACAUAUACUUUCCAUUCAUUCUUUUUACUUUUUUAAAUUCGUCCCAAUCUUUUCGCGAUUUACAGUUCAGGUUACCUCUUUGGCAUUGCAUACGAAUUUUGAGCUCAGUAAAAAUAAAAAAAAAUCCAUGUAUUUCAACGAUGCGAACCUUAUCAUUGGAAUAUUUAAUGGAACAGAGAAAAAAAAGAUAAAAGCGUAAUUAUAUAUCGGUAAGCGUAUGGAUAGUUAUCCUUUGAAUAUUCUUGUAUGCCUCAACUUAAUUCCAAAAGUUUUCUAGGACGAUAUUACGGUAAGCUUCGCGUCGCCAAUUUAUUUUUAUUUUAUAUUGUUUCAGCACAUUUUAAUGAUGUGAACUAGUCAAGCCAGAAACCCAACUAGUAAAAAUCUAUUUGUGGGACAGCUUUGUGUGAAAAAAAUCUUUAUAAUCAAUUCAUGUGAUUACCAAGAUCCGUGUGACACACCGAUUUUUUACGAACGCUUGAAAUUUCCUGUAAUAUUUUUGUUGAUUUGGUGUGUGCGUUUUAAGGUUAUUUGGAAUAAGUCUUCAAUUUUUCAGUUUUUUCGAAGCAAUCGCUGAAAUUUGCCAAUCAUUUGCGUGUCCGAUGUGUCGUCGUUUUUCUGUUAUCGACCAAAGUACGUGAAAAUGGAAAGCAAAUAUGUUUUUCCUCAACUAGAGAACUAAAGGAAGCGCACUUGUCGCUGUAAAUGUUGAUUGUUUUUUGUAGUAUUGUUAAUUUUUCUAUUUUGAUGACACACAUAUACUUGUAUGACGAAUGUCAGUUAUUUUACGAUUAUUUCGAGAAAACAUCGUGAACCAGAGCUUGCUUAAUUUGCUUGGUUUGUGUUAUUGAGGGUGUCCCCCUGCAGGCGGUGGGGAAAAGCAUUAGUCGUUUUCGUCCGUUAACAAAUCAUUUCUAGUAUAUAUGAAUAAAUAAAUAUGAGAAAAUAGAUGAAUCUAUAAGAACAUUUGAUUUUUUUGCAACGGAUUAAAAACUAACAAUUUCUGCGUAGCCUACUUUUAAAUAUUUUUAUCAGCUUGAUAAAAGCCGAAUUGUAACAUCUCGAAUCGAAUUACGUAUGUAAUAUUUCGUUUAACAAACGGGUUCAUCGUUUCAACCAAUUGUCCAUUUCGAUGAGUUUCCCAAAUAUUAUUCCAAUGAAAUUGGAAAAUGUUUUUAUUUUAUUGAUUUCAGAAGCGACUUAAAAAAAUCAGGCACAGGCAGCCUUCGUGGAUUGUCGCAUUUUCAAGUAUGGAUUUUUUAUACUUUGUCUAAAAGAGAAUAUCAAGAGCAGCGGUAGCGUUUAUAAUAUGCUCUUAUGUAUUCGAAUAACGGUUUUCGAACUUCCCUUUUUAUAAGAGUGCUUAUGGUGAUUUCCUUCUAUCUAUUUCUUAAUCUUUCAAACGAUUGUGUUUCGCGCAAUUAAUGUAGACACCUCGACAACGAUUAACAAAGGGAAGUGGAACUGUAUUUUAAAAAAAGCACCAAAACUACGCAUCUGCGUAAGUUUCCUCUCCAAACGUUAAACUUUAUAUACAUUAAAGAAAAAAAAAGACAUUUUCAGUAAAGUUGUUUUGAAAUUUGCUAUCCUAUGUUUCGCAGUGCUACUGGUGUUCUAUUAUAUUAUAUUCUCGAAUCAAGGUCGAACACAAACAGAAUUGUGCCAAGUGGAACAAGCUAAUGUUCGAAUUCGUGAUUUUUCCUUGUCCCGAAUCCAUCGUCGAUACCGAAUUUUUAACGGAAAGUAUAUUUUCAAAUGCUAUCUAGAAAUUCAUUUCUAUAUUCGUUUUAAGCUCUGUACCAUAUAUUUCAUUGUUAGUAUUAACAGAUCCGUCUAAUACGUAAAUAUACAUAUACACGUGCAUAUAAAAUAUAUGAACAUAUGCUUUGGAAAUGCAAAUUGUAAACCUUCUGUAUAACUUAUAGUUCGAAAUAAUACUUUAUGGUAACACGCA